CCAAUUCCAUGUGAUACGUUCACGUUCACUUCAAUCACUUCCAAGAAAGAAAAAAAGAAGCACUUUCUCUUUUUCUAAACUUGUUCUUCUUCUGCUUCGUCUUCCACUUGCCCACACUGAUAUUUUGAUGAAUACUCCCAAAAUCUCUCUUUCUCUCUCUCUCUCUCUCUCUAUUUGUCUGCUUUACCACUAAAAUCAGUAUCAGUUCGCAUAUUCUUUCUCUUUUGGACCAUUUCCUAAAAUAUCUCCUAUUUUCUCUCUUAUAUUCACUUUUCUUCAACUUUCUAUCUAUCUCUCCCCUUCUUCGACGUUUGGAGCCGAUUACAGCAAAUUAAGCAGAGUUUCAUUGUUUUGAGGAACCGCUACAAGCAUAAUGGCGGCGACUGUGAAAACCAACAGAGCAGGUGUUCCUGCUUCUUCUGGAAUUUCUUCGAAAGUUCCGGCAGCUGCGCAGCCAUUGGCCGAAGAACCGUCGGAGAUUGCUUCCAACAUCAAUUACCACGCGCAUUACAGCCCGCACUUCUCGCCGUUCAAGUUCGAACCUGAGCAAGCUUACUAUGCCACCGCGGAGAGCGUUCGCGACCGUCUUGUUCAACAAUGGAACGAGACGUACCUUCAUUAUCACAGAGUGGAUCCAAAGCAGACUUACUACUUGUCAAUGGAGUAUCUUCAAGGACGAGCUUUGACAAAUGCGAUUGGGAACCUCAACCUCCAAAGUGCAUAUGCCGAUGCUUUGAAUAAAUUAGGACAUCAGCUUGAGGAAAUAGUUGAGCAGGAGAAAGAUGCAGCAUUAGGAAAUGGUGGGUUGGGGAGGCUUGCUUCGUGCUUUCUGGACUCCAUGGCAACAUUAAACCUGCCUGCAUGGGGUUAUGGCUUGAGGUACAGAUAUGGGCUGUUCAAGCAACGGAUCACCAAGGAGGGCCAAGAGGAAGUUGCUGAGGACUGGCUGGAGAAAUUUAGUCCUUGGGAAGUUGUCAGGCAUGAUGUUGUAUUUCCUGUCAGAUUCUUUGGUCAUGUUGAGGUUAACCCUGAUGGAGCUCGAAAAUGGGUAGGAGGAGAGGUUUUGCAAGCUUUGGCUUAUGAUGUGCCAAUUCCAGGAUAUAAAACCAAGAACACUAUUAGCCUUCGCCUUUGGGAAGCCAAAGCUUCUGCUGAAGAUUUCAAUCUAUUCCAAUUUAACGAUGGGCAAUAUGAAUCCGCUGCACAGCUUCAUUCUCAUGCUCGACAGAUUUGUGCUGUUCUCUAUCCUGGAGAUGCUACAGAACAUGGAAAACUUCUACGGUUGAAGCAACAAUUUUUUCUCUGCAGUGCUUCUCUUCAGGACAUAAUUUCUAGAUUCAAAGAGAGAAAACAGGAACGUGGCUCAUGGAAUUGGUCUGAAUUUCCCAGCAAGGUUGCUGUACAAUUAAAUGACACUCAUCCUACACUUGCAAUUCCGGAGCUAAUGCGAUUACUAAUGGAUGAUGAAGGACUUGGAUGGGAUGAAGCAUGGGAUGUGACAUCCAGGACUAUUGCUUAUACUAAUCACACAGUCCUUCCUGAAGCACUUGAGAAAUGGUCACAACCUGUGAUGUGGAAGCUUCUUCCUCGCCAUAUGGAGAUCAUAGAAGAAAUUGACAAGAGGUUCAUUGCAUGUAUACGCUCCACACGAACUGAUCUUGAGAGCAAGAUUUCCAGUAUUAGCAUCUUGGAUAACAGUCCCCAAAAGCCUGUGGUUCGGAUGGCAAACUUAUGUGUGGUUUCUGCACAUACAGUUAAUGGUGUUGCCCAAUUGCACAGCGAUAUUCUAAAGUCAGAGUUAUUUGCAGACUAUGUUUCUAUAUGGCCAACAAAGUUUCAAAAUAAAACCAAUGGCAUUACUCCUCGCCGGUGGCUCCGGUUUUGCAGUCCUGAGCUCAGUGACAUAAUCACAAAAUGGUUGAAAACCGAUCAAUGGGUCAGCAACCUUGACCUACUGACAGGUCUACGGAAAUUUGCAGACAAUGCAGACUUCCAAGAUGAAUGGGCAUCUGCCAAAUUGGCUAAUAAACAGCAUCUGGCACAGUACAUAGAGCGUGUGACAGGUGUGAGCAUUGACCCAAGCAGCCUAUUUGACAUACAAGUGAAGCGAAUCCACGAAUAUAAGAGACAGUUGCUGAACAUUCUUGGUGCAAUUUACAGAUAUAAGAAGUUGAAGGAGAUGAGCUUUGAAGAGCGGAAGAAAACAACUCCACGCACCAUCAUGAUAGGAGGAAAAGCAUUUGCAACAUAUACAAAUGCUAAAAGAAUAGUCAAACUGGUAAAUGAUGUUGGUACUGUAGUCAAUAGUGAUCCUGAGGUCAAUAGCCACUUGAAGGUAGUAUUUGUUCCAAAUUACAAUGUAUCUGUCGCAGAGAUGCUCAUUCCAGGAAGUGAGCUAUCACAGCAUAUUAGCACUGCAGGCAUGGAGGCAAGUGGCACAAGCAACAUGAAGUUUGCGCUCAACGGUUGCCUCAUAAUAGGUACACUUGAUGGGGCUAAUGUGGAAAUUAGGGAGGAAAUUGGAGAGGAAAAUUUCUUCCUCUUUGGGGCAACAGCAGAUGAAGUCCCCAGAUUGCGCAAGGAAAGAGAGAAUGGACUGUUCAAGCCUGAUCCUCGGUUUGAGGAGGCCAAGCAGUUCAUAAGGAGUGGGGUUUUCGGAAGUUAUGACUAUGACCCACUGCUUGAUUCACUAGAGGGAAAUUCUGGUUAUGGUCGUGGCGAUUAUUUUCUUGUUGGUCAUGACUUUCCAAGUUACAUGGAUGCUCAGGCAAGAGUGGAUGAAGCUUACAAGGAUAGGAGAAAAUGGCUGAAGAUGUCCAUACUAAGCACAGCUGGGAGUGGCAAAUUCAGCAGCGACCGCACAAUCGCUCAGUAUGCCAAGGAAAUCUGGAACAUAGAGGAAUGCCGUGUACCAUAAAUUUACCCUCAAUCCUGCUGGUUCGUUGAAUAUAUAUUAAAAAUUUGGGCUCAGAAUUACAAGGAAAAAAAAAAAUUAAAAAGAAAAAAGAAAAAAGAAAAAGAAAAAGAAAAGUGAAGAGCCUUAUUGGUAACCACUGGUAUGCUUUCUAUAUUAAGGCAUGGGUGUCUGGUGCUUGCGUCUUCCUCUGCUGAAUCGAUGUUCUAAAACUUUCUUUAGCGUAAUAAGUUAAUAAUUUUUUUUUUUUUUUUUUUGGCUGAAAAGUGUAAUAAGUUAAUAAUUUUGUAUGCAUUCUUUAUCCUUUUCAUAGAUAAAUAUGUGUUUUAAUUACUUUAAAUUUGGAAUUUCCUUGUGGCAGAUGAAUGAGAUAAUUUUAUUUAUUAUUAUUA